AUGGCUGACUUCUUGAAAAACGUCUUUGGCGGCGGCAAGGACAACGAGCCUGCCACAAAGCCCGAGGUUGACCCGGACUUUGCCGACUUUGCUGAAGCUCCUGAUCCCGUCGCCGAGCCCGUUCCUGUCGCGACGAUAGGAGGAGGCGCUGCUGACGCCGCGGCCACGUCACGUCCGUAUACGAAGUGGUACAAUGUUCACGAGCGCCACUCGUUAUCCGAGUUCAAGGCAGAGGGUGUCAUCCUCGCCAUCUCGGCCCUGAUCUUUCUCUUCCAUGUGAUGGGUGCGCGGGCCAACCGCUCCAGGGCCAAGUCCUGGAUCAGGGCCAACGCGCCCGUUCUGAGCAAGGAAUUUGCUCUCGUCGGCUUCCGUGGCGUGCCCACCAUGGACGGCGAGGACAUCAAGCCCGACUCUCUCCUCAAGGAGAAGUCGCUUUUCGAGUUCGCCACGUACGCCACGGGACGACAGAACACGGCCUUUGUUGACGUCAAGCUCACUCUUACCAAAAAGUUCAACCCUGUCAUGAACCUCGCCGAGACGGCCGCAUCCUUCUUCAGCGACGCCUUCACCGCGCCCAGCGACACGAUGGAAGCUUUCCUUUACCCCUUUGACGGCAAGGAGAGCUUGACGAUCCCCUCUCUGCCCGGCUCUGAGGAGUCUCGUGCCAAGGACGCCAAGAGCAACUAUGAUGGGUUCGUCUGGGCUCUAGUCCACAAGGAAAGCAUGAAGCGCCUCCGCGAAGACCGAUACGACGUGACUCUCACUACGACCAAGGAGAACUCGAAGCUGCCCAAUUGGCUCACUGUCAUGAGUGAGAGCGCCGAAGUCACCGACAGGCUGCUCACGCAGGAUCUCAUUGACGCUGCCGUGGCUGCAGGGGACAACUUUGACUAUCUCAUUGUGUCUGACCAGCCGGUGGAAAGGCCGGUCAAGCUGGACGACGCCACCCCUCGCAAGCGCAUCUUCCUCAAGUACCGUCUCCCCUCUGGCGGCCGUUACGACGAGCUGCUGCCCAUCUUUUCCUACUUCCUCCGCCUGCCCGACUUCCUGGUGCAGAAUGGGCGUUUCCGCCCCGAGGUGCUGAAGAAGGUGCGUGCCACCCGCGAGGCCAUGAUGUCCCAGAUCAAGAAGGCUGCCGAGGAGGAGAAGAGCGAGGAGCGUCAGUUGGAGAGGGAGAAGACCAAGAAGGCCAGGCGUGACGCCGAACUCAAGGGUCUGGACGCCAAGGCGCAGAAGAAGUAUCUAGAAAAGGAGAAGGAGAAGGAGCUCCGGAGAAGCCAGAAGAAGAUGACCAUGCGCGGAUGA